AUGUCUCUCAACGGGCUCGACGAUGCCAGCGUAACACAAGCAUACCAGGGUGCCCUCGCCGAGGCUGGCGGAUGGCUCCUCCUCAAGUACGCGUCCCGCGACGCCGUUGAAGUGCUCAAGCAGGGCACUGGCGGCGCCGGCGAGGUGCGCGCUGCUGUCGCCCAGUAUGAAGAAAAGUCGCCGCUGUAUGGCUUCAUGCUGUACCGCCGGCGCAAGGUGCUCGUCAAAUAUCUGCCCGAGGGGACUUCGCGACUGCUGCAGGCACGUGUCGCCGUCCACUUCAUUACCGUGACGGAGCGCUUCUCGCCGCACGACUUCGUCCUCGCCGUCUCCACCCCGGACGAGCUGAGCGAUGCCGCUCUCACUGCCGCCUGCACACUGCACACCGCCGCGCCCUCCAGCUCCUCCUCGUCAGGGUCGUCCCGCGCGCAGAAGCUGAGCUGGAUACAAGAAGCCGCCGAGGAGGGCAGCAUGCUCGGAGGAGAUGACAGCGCGGCUGCAGGUGCUUCGCGGCCGGGCACUGCCAAGUCAGUCAUACCAACUAUAGUCGAGCCCAUCGAGGAGGUACCCGAGAUGCCGCCUACGAGGGUCGCCUCCAUGAUGUCAGACAGUGCAAUGUCCGUUCCGCUGAUGAUGGAGGUGAUGGAAGAAAAGGCACCGCCGGUGCCCAGAACACUGCCCGAGAUCACCCAUGUCACUAUCGAGAAGGUUACGGAGACGCCACCAGCCGACCAGUCCGAUCUCACAGACAUGCAGGAUACGCUGAAGAGCUACGACAAAUUAUUCGAAAACGGACCAGAGCCGCGCUCGUCGUCUCAGACUGCCCGCCCCAACUACGACGAGCUGUACGAGCACUACUAUGCCCAAUACUCAAAACCAAAGGUCAAGCUGGGCCCAAGACCGCGCCCGUCUAUGGACGGCAAGAGGCCUUCGACGUCAGGAAGUGUACCGCAGGUCGGCUCGAGGCCAAAGUCAUCGCUGCCCGCGGGGCUGCGCUCAGCAACUCGGAAGGCAGCUGAUGAACGUGCCGUCAAAGCGUCGAAAGAUUCUCAGACCGUCCCCAGUCUCGCCCUCCCACCGCCACCACCGAUACCAGCAGCAAGCGAACCUCCGAGCUCUCCAAUCUCACUGGCCUUCACCGCGAGAUCCCCCGCUAGUGUUCGGUCAAUGCCCGUGUCUUCAUACAGCAGCCAUCACAGGUCCACUGGGAUGACUCAAGAAAAGACGAGGUUGAUGAAGGCAUUGGAGAUGCGAAAGAAGCAGAUGAAGGUGCAAAUAGAAAGGCAGGAGAAGCUUGCAGAACAGGCGGUAGCAAACUCUCAGGCGGAGGCACGAGAAGCAGAAUCAAAGGCGGCUGAUGCUGCGUCAAUUGCGUCCAAGCAUGAGGAUACAGCGGAAGACACCGAAGCUGAGAAGCAGUCAACGGCUGGAGACGAUACAGCUUCUUCCCUAGGGCUUGACAACUCCGGCCUGGCAUUUGCAAGCAAUAGCAUCGACGAGGAGCAAUCCGUCGACAGCCUGCCAACCGUUGUGCCAGAGAGCAGAACACCGAUUCCUUCAAUGAUCCACACUACCCCACCACCCACGGACGAUGAGCAGACCUCGGAGGGAGCCGCCGAUCUGCAAACAAGAGAGGUGGACAUGGCACAAUCGACAAUAUCAGACGCACAAGACGAUUCGCAGGCACACAGGCGGUCCAAACGCGAGUCCAUGCUCUUCGUACCCACCGGUGACGCGUCACCACUGGACGACUCGAAGUUCAAGAAGCGCAACAGGGAGUCCAUCAUCAUGCCCACCCCCAUUCAACAAACCCCCAACCAUAAAAAGAGGCAGAGCUGGUAUGAAACCAAAGGGAAGCGCCCCGCACCACUCGAUGCUCUCCACGUCAGUGCAGAAAACUCGGAGGCCGAGUAUCUAUCAGAUGACUCGUUCAUGGAAGAGCUGCAGAGCGCAACCGUGCAGGAGGCCAAGCCCAUGUCGGUCUCCAAGUCCCCCAUCACUCCCUACUUUUCUCGGAAAUCAUUCACCCGCGGCAGUAUGACGCCUGAGAGUUCAUCGCCUUACAUGAAGCCUUCACCAGAACCGAUGCCACGGAAAAUCUCUGGUCCCUGGCCACCGCAAGUCAACGUAGAGAAAGUUGCGGCAAAGAAGAUCAAUGUCUCUUCAGGCAUCUCGCAGAGAAUCAAGGCCCUGGCAGAGAAGACCAGCCGUGAGAUGUUGCCACCAACAACACCUGGUGGAGGAUUAGACUCGUCGAGUCACAGCAGCCUCGCGCAACGGAAAUCCUCUUUCUUCGCAACGACGCCGAUAGAGACCUCGCCGAACGGAAGGCCCGUCUCGCGUCUUGGCAAUCCCGCCUUCCUAAACUCAUCUUCAACAACGCCAGAAAAGAAGAGCAUAGCAGCACCGAAACCUAUCAAGGCUACGGUGUACAAUGUGCAAAGAGGAAGCGAACAGCCCGAGUCAGUACAGGUCACUGCUCGAAUUGUCCGAGAUGAGCGGACCAAGCAGCCAACACUUGCUAUGCCGAACGAGGGAGCACCUCUCGAACUUCACCAGAGCCCUCUAAUCAUAGAUCAUCAGAAGCCUCGGUUCACGCCACCUCCUACACGGGGCCGGACUGAGCCUACAUCUCCCGUGGCAUCUUCAAUCGCACACUCGCGCGACCAGAGUCUUGCACCAUCACGGACCUCGUCUGAGAGUGCCUGGAGACCAUUUGGGCGCCGCAUGAGCGAGUCCAGGUCAAUCCACAGCCACGACGGCGACGAGAAGCGCGAGGACAAGAAAGACAAGAAGGAGUCACGCACAAGCAAGAUGUUUAAACGCAUGUCCUCGUCAAUGUCCUCCAUGCCGUGGAAGGCGUCAACCAGCAACCUGAGCUUCCCCGAGCACAACACAGCGCACACAUCCCUCGCCUCGUUACGCGAGCCCCCCUCCCCCGUGCACAUCGGCGACCUAAACAUUCAAUUCCCGGACACCCUGCUAUGGAAGCGCCGCUAUGUCGAGAUCGACUCGAUGGGCAACCUCGUCCUCAGCCCCUCCAAGUCCAACGAAAAGGGCAUCGUCAAGCGCUUCCACCUCAGCGAGUUUCGCGCGCCGUACCCGCCGGACCAGGACCGUCAGGAGCUGCCGAAUAGCGUUGUGCUCGACUUUGUGGAUGGAAGAUGCCUGCAGUGUGCGUGUGAGACGUACAUGGCGCAGGCUCAUGUGCUGCAGAUUCUCCGCGAAGCCCACGACGCCUGGCUCGCUUACAACCAAACCCUAUAA